UUAUAUGCGAAGAAAGGUUCACUUACGAAGAAGACUAUUUUGGCAAUUGGCAUAGUCUCUUCCGUUGCAACAAUUCUCUUGUUAGCAUUUGCUUAUUGGUUAUUCAGAAGAAAAAGAGCAGAUAAAGCAAGAGAUGCCAAGAAUAUUGAAUUUAGUCUUACCUCAAGUUUAACACAUUUCGACGACUCCAUCAGUGUAAAGGAACCAGAUGGGAGUAGAAGCAAUUUUGAUUUACCAAUGUUUCAGCUGAGCACCAUUGUUGCAGCCACAAAUAAUUUCUCUCCUGAUAGAAAACUUGGAGAAGGUGGUUUUGGCUCUGUUUAUAAGGGUACACUUCGAAAUGGGAAAGACGUAGCAAUUAAAAGACUAUCUAAGUACUCGGGACAGGGAAUAGAACAGUUCAAGAAUGAAGUUUUACUUAUUGCAAAACUCCAGCACAGAAAUCUUGCGAGCAUUUUAGGUUGUUGCAUUGAAGGAGAAGAGAAGAUGUUAAUCUACGAAUACUUGCCCAACAAAAGCUUGGACGCUUUCAUUUUCAAUGAAACAAACAGGAAAUUAUUAGAUUGGAGUAAAAGAUUUGAAAUCAUUUGUGGGAUUGCUCGAGGAAUCUUAUAUCUACACCAGGACUCGAGAUUGAGAAUUAUUCAUAGAGAUUUAAAAGCCAGCAAUGUUCUACUAGAUAUUACAAUGAACCCAAAAAUUUCUGAUUUUGGAAUGGCCAGGAUAUUUGGUGGUGACCAAAUUCAAGCAAAUACCAAUCGCGUGGUUGGAACAUAUGGUUAUAUGUCACCAGAGUAUGCCAUGGAAGGACUAUUUUCGAUAAAGUCUGAUGUUUAUAGUUUUGGAGUUUUACUGUUGGAAAUCAUCACAGGUAGAAAGAAUAGUGGUUUCUAUCUAGAAGACGCUGCCUCUUCAAAUUUGGUUGGACAUAUUUGGGAUCUAUGGAGAGAAGGAAGAAGCUUGGAGAUGGUUGACGAAUUAUUAGGAGAAUCAUACACGGUACAUGAAGUAUUGAGAUGCAUCCAAAUUGGUCUAUUGUGCGUGCAAGAACAAGCAACAGAUCGACCAACAAUGUCAAUGGUCGUCUCCAUGUUGGGCAACGAUAAAGAUCUUCCUUAUCCAAAACAACCUGCAUUCAUUGGAAAAAGAUUCACCAAGACUGAUGAGAGUAGUGGAGGAAUCAGUUCCUUAAAUGAAGUCACAAUCUCUCUGGUUCGUGGUCGCUAGAGGUACAAGCUCUUAAAAAUUGAACAGAGGGGUAAAACAUAGUCUAAAGAAGUAAAUGAUAAUCUAGAGAGAUGCAUACUACUUUCAUAAAACCCUAGAGGCGUUUAAACAUUUCUAAUCUCUCAGGGCUAGAUGAUAAAGCCCCAAUUAUAUAUAUAUCGUUAAGUUUGUUUAUAAUUAUAUUGAUGAACUUGCGAUAGGUGUUCAUAUUAGCGUUUGUGGUCAUUGAUUUAUUGAAUUCUAUGUCAAA